AUGUCUGAUUCAGAAUCUGACUAUUUCACUGAUGGCUCAGAAGAUGAUUUUGUUCCAACUUCUAAAAAAUCUACCAAGAAAAACGCGUCUUCCAAACAAAAGCAGCCUCUUGCUGAUGCAACCAAUAGCACAGUCAGUUCAUCGCGUUCUUCCACUCCUAAACCUAGCAAUGCUUCAGAAACGUAUCAAAAACUUUCCCAGUUAGAGCAUAUUUUGAAAAGACCCGACACUUAUAUUGGAUCUGUUGAAAAAACCAAAACAGAAAUGUGGUGUUUUGAUGCUGACACUGAAUCCAUGGUGUUCAAAGAAGUUACUAUUGUUCCUGGGUUGUAUAAGAUAUUUGAUGAAAUUUUGGUUAAUGCUGCUGAUAACAAAAUCAGAGACCCUAGUAUGAAGAAUAUCAGAGUCAAAAUCGACGCGGAAAACAAUAUAAUAGAGGUAAUGAAUGAUGGGAAAGGUAUACCAGUUGAAAUGCACACCAAAGAAAAUAUGUAUAUUCCUGAAUUGAUUUUUGGUAACUUAUUAACUUCUUCGAACUAUGACGACAAUGAGAAAAAAGUUACUGGUGGUAGAAAUGGGUUUGGUGCCAAAUUAUGUAAUAUUUUCUCUACUCAAUUUGAAGUGGAAACUGCUGAUUUGAAUAUGGGGAAAUUAUAUAAGCAAUCUUGGACAAAUAACAUGUCAAAUGUCUCGAAACCAAAAAUCACCACUUUAAAAACCAAAAAAGAAUAUACCAAGAUCACUUUUAGACCAGACUUGAGCAAAUUUGAUAUGGACUGUUUGGAUAAUGACCUUUUAUCUGUUUUGAGAAGAAGAGUUUAUGAUUUAUGUGGUACUGUCAAAAACUGUAACAUUUAUUUAAAUGAAAAGAGGUUAAACAUCUCCAGUUUUAAGAGCUAUGUGGAAAUGUAUGUCAAAGCCAUCAAAGAAAGAUCACCUGAACCUGAACCUCAGGAUGGAACCAUCAAGAAUUUCACCACCAUUGUUCAUGAAGUGUUUAAUGAUAGAUGGGAAGUUGCCUUUGCUGUUAGUGAUGGAUCUUUUAAUCAAGUCAGUUUUGUCAACUCCAUUGCCACAACAUCAGGGGGUACACAUGUCAAAUACGUCUCGGAUCAGAUCAUUAAUAAAUUAGUCGAAACAUUAUCCAAGAAGGAAAAAGGUAAGAAGAAACUUAUGAUUAAACCCCAGGAAGUUAGAGAUAAUAUGUUUUUAUUUAUCAAUUGUCUUAUUGAAAACCCAGCUUUUACUUCCCAAACAAAAGAACAAUUAACAACAAAAGUUUCACAGUUUGGAGGUAAAGAUAAGUUUGUUGCCAAUGAUAAUUUGAUCAACCGUAUUUUGAAAACCAGUAUAGUAGAGAAAAUUAGAGCUAUUGCCAAUGCGAACGAAGACAAGGCACUUCAAAAAGCUGAUGGUAGCAGAAAACUGCGUAUCAAGGGUCAAGUUAAUUUGGUUGAUGCAAACAGAGCUGGUACAAAAGACGGACACAAUUGUACUUUAAUUUUAACAGAAGGGCUUUCUGCUAUGAAUUUAGCGGUUGCUGGGCUUUCGGUUGUCGGGAGGGAUUAUUACGGAUGCUUCCCAUUGCGUGGUAAAUUAUUGAACGUUCGUGAAGCUUCAGCAGAUCAAAUUGCUAAAAAUUCCGAAAUCAACUCUUUGAAACAAAUCAUUGGGUUGCAACAUAAAAAAGUUUACACAGCUGAGAAUAUAAAAUCGUUAAGAUAUGGUCAUAUUAUGAUUAUGACAGAUCAAGAUCAGGAUGGAUCGCAUAUAAAGGGGUUGAUUAUCAACUUUUUAGAAACCUCGUUUCCUGGAUUGUUGGAUAUUCCUGGGUUCUUACUAGAAUUUAUUACUCCAAUUGUUAAGGUUACUGUUAGAGCAAGGGGUGCUGGUGGUAAACGUGUUAUACCAUUUUAUACAAUGCCUGAAUUUGAACACUGGAGAGACACUGAAGGGAAACAAUGUCGUUGGACUCAAAAGUAUUACAAAGGUUUGGGUACUUCUACUCCUAUGGAAGCACGUGAAUAUUUCACGGCCUUGGAUCGUCAUUUAAAGAGAUUUCAUGCAUUGCAAGGUGAAGACAAAAAUUAUAUUGAUUUGGCAUUCCUGAAAAAGAAAGCUGAUGAAAGAAAGGAAUGGUUACAAGGAUUUUUACCAGGUACCCAUCUUGACCCUGAAAUUACCGAAAUUCCUAUUAGUGAUUUCAUUAAUAAAGAGUUGAUUUUGUUUUCAAUGUCUGAUAAUGUAAGAUCGAUUCCAUCCGUUUUGGAUGGGUUCAAACCAGGGCAAAGAAAAGUUUUGUAUGGAUGUUUUAAGAAAAAAUUGAGAAGCGAAAUUAAAGUUGCCCAAUUGGCAGGAUAUGUAAGUGAAAACACAGGAUAUCAUCAUGGUGAGCAGUCGUUGGUGCAAACUAUAAUUGGUCUUGCGCAAAAUUUCAUUGGGUCUAAUAACAUCAACGUAUUGAAGCCAAAUGGUUCGUUUGGUUCGCGUGCUGCUGGUGGUAAGGAUUUCUCGGCUGCGAGAUAUAUUUUCACGGAAUUGAGUGAAAUUACUCGGAAAAUAUUCAAUCCAUUGGAUGAUCCCUUGUACACUUAUGUCCAAGAUGAUGAGCAAACAGUUGAACCGGAAUGGUACUUGCCUGUUUUGCCCAUGAUUUUGGUAAAUGGUGCUGAAGGCAUUGGUACUGGUUGGUCUACAAAUAUUCCUUCAUACAAUCCCAAAGAUCUUGUUGCAAAUAUAAGACGAUUAAUGAAUGGUGAAGAAUUACAGGAAAUGACCCCAUGGUACAAAGGGUGGGGUGGUGAUCUCGAGCCAAUGGGACCGCAAAAGUUCAAAGUUUCCGGAAGAAUUGAACAAAUUGAUCUGAAUACAGUUGAAAUUACAGAAAUUCCAGUGAAAACUUGGACCAACAAUGUCAAGGAAUUUUUACUCAGUGGGUUUGGAAACGAAAAGACACAGCCAUGGAUUAAAGAUAUGGAGGAACACCAUACUACUUCGAUCAGAUUUGUGGUGAAAUUGACUGAUGCUGAAAUGCAAAAAUCUUUACGAAUUGGUCUUUUGGAGAGGUUCAAGUUGGUGUCUUCUUUGAGUUUGGCCAAUAUGGUUGCUUUCGAUCCUAUGGGUAGAAUCAAAAAAUAUAACGAUGUUUUAGAAAUAAUUAAGGAUUUCUAUUAUGUUCGAUUGGAAUACUACCAAAAGAGAAAGGAUUACAUGACAGACAAUUUACAGAAUCAAUUGUUGAUGUUGAGUGAACAGGCGAGGUUUAUCAAAAUGAUAAUUGAGAAACAAUUGAGUGUUGCCAACAAGAAAAAGAAGCAAUUGGUUGCAUUGUUGGAAGAACAUAAUUUUACAAAAUUCAGUAAAGAUGGGAAGCCAAUUAAAUCUAAUCAAGAAUUGUUGACUGGUGAAGCUGCUGAUGAAGAAGAGGAAGUCGAAGAACAAGAAGGUGACGAAGAUGUGGGAGAUACUUCUAUAGCCAAUAUUCAAGAAGGAGAAACUGAACAAACAGCUCAUGUUCCAGAAACUAUCUAUUCAUCUUAUGAUUAUUUGUUGGGUAUGGCAAUUUGGUCGUUAACUUAUGAACGGUUUAUGAAGAUAAUGCAACAACGUGACCAAAAGGAAGCAGAAUUGAAUGCCUUAUUAUCAAAAUCGGCAAAGGAUCUUUGGAACCAUGAUUUGGAUGAAUUUUUGGUUGAAUUUGACAAGUUCUUGAUUCGUGAUGAACAAGAAAGAGAAUCUUUGGCUUCUAAUGGGAAGAAAAAACCAACCAAGAGAAGAGCCAAGGCAACUGCCACCAAAGAGCAGCCAACCAAUAAGAAAAUUAAAGUUGAACCAAAAGAAAAGAAAACUACAUCAGUCAAGCCAGUGGUAAAGAAAGAGGUUUCAAGUGAACCACAAUCGUCUUCUUCUUCUUCCAAGCCUAAAGAUAAGGAUGAUAUAUUGUCAUUUUUCUCUCCAUCAAGCAAUGGUGCUAAAAAGACAAACAAAACAUCAGGUGGAUCAACAUCCAAUAAAAAGAUUGAAACAAUUACACUUUUCAGUGAUGAUGAUGACGAUGACGAUAUAUUUAAUUUAAAUCUGUCAUCUUCCACGAAAGUCAAAAAAGAGACAAAAUCAAGGUCUGCUACCCCAGUUGUUGAGAAACAAAAGAAGCAAAAACCUUCUGGUAAACAAUCUAUUUUGGACGAAUUAGAGGAUCUUGAAAUAUUAGGAAGUUUUGAUAAACCAACGUCAAAAGAAAGAAGACCCAGAGAAACUGCUUCAACAACAAACAGAAAUACUAAAAAAAAACCUGUCAUUAUAGAUAGUGAUGAUGAUGAAGAUGACGAUAUUGUUAUGAGUGAUGGGGAUGAUGGUGAUGAUGAUGAUUUUAUUGUAGAUGAAUAG